CAUUCACUUUCCUUGCUCGCUUCGGUUUGUGUGCAGAGAAACGAAAGGAAAUGGAAAACAACGCCGAAUCUGAGAAACCGAAAGGUAAAGGGAUUCCAAUUCACGGUGGCAAGUACGUGCACACUGCAACCCGUUGGUAGAGGCGCAUACGGCAUUGUUUGCUGCGCGACGAAUUCAGAGACCGAAGAAGGAGUUGUGAUUAAGAAGAUUGCGAAUGCGUUUGACAACAGGAUCGACGCGUUUGACAAAUUGGGUAGUAGUUUUGAAUCAGUGUCUGAGAAAUUUGAGCCUGAUACUGUGAAAGAUGCUCAUGUGGAGAACACGGUGGAGUCAGACACUGUUAUGUUAGAAUUUAAUGAAGAUUUUGAAUCUGAUCCAGAUGGGGUUAAGCAAACAGAUUUGUAUCCUUCAGUUUCGAGGAAUGAAGGAUUGGGAGAGAGUGAAGUUGCAGAAGAGGAGAAGAAUAUUGUGUUUCAUACUGUAUCAAAAAAGUUAAUUGGAGAGGGUGAGGAAGCAAAUGAUGUUUGUGGUGAUUCUUAUUUAGUGGAAACUUCGGAGACAAGUGUUCCAAAAACAUGUGAGAAUGACAAGGUUACUCCAACCAUAAUUGAAAAAUCAUUGGAUUUGAAGCAAAGUGUGGGUGGAAUGGAAGAGCUUUUGCUUCCGUUGAAGAUCAACUACUACCCAAUUUGUCUACAGAGUUGAAGCUCAUACAUACAUAGGUUAACUAACCUUCCUCCUUCACAACAUGGUGUCGGGUCUGCAACUUUUCUACAAGAGCAAUUGGAUGACGGUCAAGUGUGUGGCUAAUUCCAUUUUCAUGUUCGGAGACACCAUUGAGAUCCUGAGUA